UGGAUUGUCCCUCCAGGUUACACGAGAGACAAGUCCUUCCUGGCCAUGGUGGUGGACAUCGUACAGGAGCUGAAGCAGCAGAACCCCCAGCUGGUGUACGUGUGUGAUCCCGUGAUGGGUGACAAGUGGAACGGCGAAGGCUCCAUGUACGUCCCCCAGGACCUCCUUCCCGUGUACAGGGAGAAAGUGGUGCCCGUGGCAGACAUCAUCACUCCCAAUCAGUUUGAGGCUGAGUUGCUGAGUGGCAGAAAAAUCCACAGCGAGGAAGAGGCACUGGAGGUGAUGGACAUGCUGCACUGCAUGGGUCCUGACACAGUGGUCAUCACCAGCUCUGACUUGCCCUCCCCACAGGGCAGUGACUACCUGAUCGCCCUGGGCAGCCAGAGGAUGCGGAAGCCUGAUGGCUCCACGGUGACCCAACGCAUCCGGAUGGAGAUGCGCAAAGUGGAUGCCGUCUUCGUGGGCACUGGGGACCUCUUCGCUGCCAUGCUUCUGGCGUGGACACACAAGCACCCAGACAACCUGAAGGUGGCCUGUGAGAAAACCGUGUCCGCCAUGCAGCACAUGCUGCAGAGGACCAUCCGGUGUGCAAAAGCUCAAGCAGGAGAAGGAAAGAAGCCCAGCUCGGCUCAGCUGGAGCUGAGGAUGGUCCAGAGCAAAAAGGACAUCGAGGACCCCGAGAUUGUGGUGCAGGCCACGGUGCUGUGAGGGCCGUGCAUUCGCCCCGACACACCGUGUCCGGGGUCUCUGUUUUCAUCCCUGUGAAAGCUGUAAUGUCUGCCUUAGAGCCAUGACUGACACUUGACAUUUUAUUCCUUCCUGAGGGUCGGGUCUCAUCCGGUCUCAAUGGUGAAAAUGUGCCAUCAUGUUUUUU